AUGCUCCAUUAUCGCGUAUCGCCAAUCUAUAUUAUGAUUAUGGGAUACAAUAUUCUUCGUUUGUGUUCUUGUGCAGGAUCGUUCGAAAUACGAUUGGUUUCGUUGACAGUUGGCUCGAAAGAGGAGUUUCGUCCUGAAUUAAGGAUUUGUCUGAAGCAUUUUGAAAAACGCAUUAGCUAUAAUGGCGAAUGUACAUUUGGUGAAGUGACACUUGAUGCGGAACGGUUACGUAACGGAACAAAGAUUGAAUUCCAGUUUGGUUGGCCAGAAUCGUUUACGUUAAUAACGGAAGCAUGGAGAACCACUGGAAAUUUGAAAAAGUUAAUGUCUCAUAAUGGCUUUCAACGUGAAAGUAUACCUUCGGGCAAAACUUGGAUUGAAGAAACGCUUGUUGGUACAAAUGGUUUUCGAAUGAGGAUCGCUUACAGGAUAACAUGUGCUAAUGAUUAUUAUGGACCACGAUGUCUUACAUUUUGUCAGCCGAUGUCUAGUACUGUUGGUCAUUUCCAGUGUACAUCGAAUGGGUCAUUAGCGUGUUCACCUGGCUGGGAAGGAUCAAGCUGUGACAUUGCUUCAGCACGUUGCGAUAAUUGCAUCAAUGGUGCUUGCGAUCGACCUGAUUCAUGUCGCUGUAAAACUGGAUGGACAGGACCAAAUUGCGAUCAAUGUGUGCGAUAUCCGGGUUGCAAGCACGGCACCUGCAAAACGCCCAAUCAGUGUAUUUGCGAUGAAGGCUGGGGAGGACAUUUUUGCAACGAAGAUUUGAAUUACUGCACACGACAUCAUCCGUGCAGAAAUAAUGCGACAUGUAGGAAUACAGGUCACGGACAGUAUACAUGCGAAUGUCCAGAUGGAUAUACAGGAACGGACUGUGAAAUACGUGUACAGAACUGCUCAUUACAGCCAUGCUUAAAUGGGGCUACUUGUUCUGAUAUGCCUGGGAACACCUAUAUUUGUACCUGUUCAAAGGGCUUUACCGGUCGCUACUGUCAAGUUGCUGCUACCUCGUGUUCAGAUUCACCCUGUCAAAAUGGUGCUACUUGUGCGGAAAUUGGUGGAGUCUUCCUGUGUACUUGUUUGCAAGGAUGGACUGGUACUACCUGCGAUAUCGAGAUCAACCCUUGUGAUAAAGUCCAUUGUUUUAAUGGAGGGAAAUGUGUUAAAAAAAACGUUGCCGGAGACUACGACUGUCUUUGUCCACUUGGUUUCACCGGAAGACACUGUGAGGAAAACUCCAAUGAGUGUGCACAGCUCAAUCCAUGUAUGAAUGGCGGCCGUUGCAUUGAUGAAGUGAAUAAUUACAAAUGCCAAUGUCCAGAUGGAUAUAGCGGUACAUUAUGUCAAGAUUCUGUCAGUGCUUGUUUAAAUGAGCCCUGUAUGAACGGUGGCCAAUGUAUUGACAUAGAAGGUGGAGGAUACUAUUGUAAAUGUCGCAUCGGAUUUAGGGGAAGCAAUUGUAAAAUUGCUGAAAUUGGAUGUCAUCGCAGUUCGUGCAGCAACGGAGGUACCUGCGUCGACUCAUUUCAAGGCUUUCGUUGCCUAUGUCCACCGUGUUUCUAUGGCGAAAGUUGUUUACAUCUUCAAUCAGAAUGUCAACCACUUCAACACUAUAAUCGUACCAGAACUUUUGUCGUAAAAAUCGAAAACGAACAACAGACUUCAAAUGGAGGAUUGAACUUCAGAGACAUGUUACUCAUAUUACUUUCUUCGUGUUGUAUUCUGGCACUAAUGUCUAUCGUUAUUAUUUUUUAUCGACAGAAAUUAGCAAAGAGAACUUCUUCACUAGAUCCAACCUUCCAGAAUGACCGGAAUUCAAGAAUACUUUCGAAAUAUUCCGAACAAAAGCCAUGUUUGUCCAUAUGCACAAACUUAGAUGCCGAAAUCAAUUAUUUUGAACGAGACGUGACAAACAAAAUUCAGACAAUAUCUGGUAAAAAAAAGUUAGCAGCUCAUCCAGGUUGUGAACAUCUCGAUUAUAAUGAACGCUAUGCGAUCGAACCUACUGUCAACAUGAUGCUACCAUCAUUAAAAAAUGUGGGAUGCUGUAAUAAGGUGGAUAUACGUCAUUCAAAACGUUUCGAACAUUCACCUUUACCAACACAGUUAUGUGAAGACGGUGGUAGUUACUAUGAAGAAAUUGAUGGUGAAUUAUCAAUACCGGAAGUGAUAUCGCAACAAACAAAUAACGAGUCACAAUCAAAUAUCGUCAACCGUCGGGUAACUCCGGAUAAUAAUUCCAGACAGGUGCAAGAUAUCAUUCAUAAGGUAACCGAUAUACAAACUAAUUUAUAA